AUGGAGUGUCAUCAAAUGAAAUCCGUUAUUUCACUUGUGGAUUCUCUUGUGCGCUCUGCGCAAGUCAGAAGGUCCCGUAUUUGCAACACUUCCCAAACGGACUUUUCCAUCUGCAGUAUCCUGGGUCUAGAAAGUGAAGUCACUCAAUCUUCUUCAAUCUCCGGUAAGAUUAACGUAACUUGGACAGUAUAUGCAGUCAUUGCAUCAGGCUUUUUCCACUGACAGUUAAUUAUAAACUUCACAUUACUAAUUGAAAGUCCGUUUUUCGGUUGUUCUAGACAUGCUUGUUAUUACUGACAAUUUACUGUAUUUGCGUAUACUAACCUUAACCAAAGCAACUACAAAUUUUCCGCCACCACUCCAAAUACGUAACACAAUCUAGCUAGUUCAUUCUUUCUUGUACCUAAACAAUAAAAAGUUAUUUAUAGGACAUAUUUCCAACUAAGAGUUUAUUUUUCUUUUACAGAAUGUAACAGUGCUACCAGUCCGCCUUUAUCGCCUUACUCCGACUGCACAAGUCCUCGUCCCAGCCACAUGGUCCCCAGUCCACCGUUAACGCCUUACUCGGACAUUACAAGUUCCAGCAGCGAUUGUGACAGUGAGCCCGAUCAAGCUUCGACUCCAAAUUCAACGAAGAAGAAGCGACAGCGCACGACCUUCUCACCGAUGGAAGUUUUGGAGCUGGAACGAGCAUUCAGACGGCGGCCAUAUUUGCUGAAAGAAGACGCAGAAGAACUGGUACAAAGACUCGGAAUCACGGCUAAAAGUCUGAAGGUGAGUUUCCUACAUUAAAGUAAAUUAAAAGAAACAUGAGCAUGUGUAACCUUAGAGGAAUGGAAUUUCAGUUGCCUGGGUUUUAAAUUUGUUCUUAUCAUUUUCAGUUUUGUCGGAAAGUGAGCCGUAAAGUAAACUAUGAUUACCGAUUCGAAACUCGGCAAUUGCAGAGUGAUUUUUCACUCCAGUUAGAAACUUUUUUUGAGUACUCGCUUUUAUCGAACAGUAAUUACACGCCAUCUUGCAAAGUUACACUUCAUGCAUGUUAGUUUAACAUGUAUGAAGUGUAACUUUGCAAGAUGACGUGUAAUUAGGGCCUCUUCAUAUCAGCCCGGUUGACCGGGCUGGCUCGGUUACCGGGAUGAAUUUUGCCUUGGGUUCAUAUCAGAAAUUUCAGCUCGGUUUCCGAGAUGAGAAAAGGUCAAAGAUCCUGGGUACGAGUUCUGGCGCCAAAUUUAGGAAACAAAGCAAACAUAGCGAAACACAAAAAUUUUAACUUUUGGGCCUAUCUUAGCAUCGGUAACUCUUAAAGCUGUAUCACUGCAGUUAAAUGGGAUGCUUAUGUUGUGGAAAAUACAGCAGGCAAUGCAAGACGAUGCCAUCCGGACCGCCAGAAUUCAUCCCGCCGAUCAUCCCGGUAACCGGGAUGAAGCGUUCAUAUGGCAAAAUUUCCAGCCCGCUUACCGAGAUCUCGGUUGGAAAAACCGAGAUCUCGGGAACCGAGCCAGCCCGCCCUCUCAUAUGAACACAUCGAAAAUUUUACAAAGGCUUUAGAGGUAAGGCGAGAUCUCGGAAACCGGGCCAGCCCGGUCAACCGGGCUCAUAUGAAGAGGCCCUCAGUCAUCACUAUUUUCCUAAAUCAUAUAUUUUUUUAGCAAUCUUCGAAACGAGUGUAGUCAUGGUAUUUUCUUUAAAUGAUGUGAAGUUUCUAUUACAUGUAAUUGUACAAUUCACAAGGCAAUUUGAAUGCCGUUUUGCAUUCGGAAAAAAACCAUUAUAGGUUCAGUGUGUUGUAUAGAUUUUCCCUGAUAUUGCCCGAAUUGAGUUAACCCUUUCACUGCCAGAUCAGGCUAGAGUACUUGAUGGAGUUUUGUAAGGCGACUCUAACUUUUGAGUCUGCGGACGAAAUCCUAUGGUAUGACCAUUCAAAUGAAAGCUCUCUGCCCGUACUUUCACAUGGUGCUAUUUGUUUGUCAAAAGUUUAGAAAACGAAAUUUGGAAAUUUGGUCGAAAUUUGCCUUUGGCCACAUUUGACAGUGAAAGGGUUAAUAACUCAGAUUUUUGUUCUCUUUCUUGCAGUAUUGGUUUCAAAACCGACGGGCCAAAUCAAGGAAACUGGAGAAAAAGAUUUUAUCUGUCUGUCAGUCCAGCCUGUCUAACCAGUUUAAUAGCCGAGCCUAUUCAGAUCACUGGAAACAAGGCGAACGAGUGUCCUGUUCAGCGAUGGAAAGCUACUUAAGAGAUAGUCAGAGAACAGUUGCCAAUCGUCAACUCUCAGUCGAGUCAAACCGUGUACCCAAGUUCCACCUUGACAAGUUCACAAUCAGACCUUUUGGGUCCGCAAGACUACCGUACAGCCGUGCCUCGUAUAGAUAUCAACCAUACUGA